AUGCCCAAAGAUAAACAUUCAAUGAAGUAUCGUGUUUGGCGACUUGUUGUUUCUACUCCAUUUGAAUAUUACAUAAUGGUUAUGAUUGCAAUUAAUACAUUAAUCUUAAUGAUGAAGUAUCAUCGGCAAGAACAGAAAUCAUAUUUUACAGCAUCUGUUGACACCGAGCAACAAGCCUAUCACAAUUACUGUAAUACACUGUUAUAUUUCAAUUCAGCUUUCACUGUUAUGUUCUCAAUUGAAUGUAUGCUAAAGAUUAUGGCAUUUGGACCAAAGAACUAUUUUCGUGAUCGUUGGAACAUUUUCGACUUUAUCACUGUCAUAGGCAGUAUAACUGAUGUAUUAGUUUCUGAGCUUCAGGAGUCAGCAUUUUUAAGUUUAGGAUUUCUACGGCUUUUUCGUGCAGCACGUUUAAUCAAAUUACUACGUCAAGGUUAUAGUAUACGGAUUAUCCUAUGGACAUUUAUUCAGUCAAUCAAAGCACUGCCAUAUGUCUGCCUACUGAUUACAAUGCUAUUCUUCAUUUAUUGUAUUAUUGGCAUGCAGGUUUUUGGGAAUAUCAAAACUGAUCCUCAUUCUCAGCUAAAUAAUCAUAAUAAUUUCCAAACAUUUGGAGAUGGAAUACUGUUGUUAUUCAGAUGUGCAACUGGUGAAAAUUGGCAAGAAAUUAUGCUGGACUGUGCAGCCGGUAAAGAAUGUGAAGGAUCUGGAGAAUCAUGUGGAAGUUCCUAUACAUACUUAUACUUUGCAACAUUCAACUUUUUAUGCUCAUUUAUCAUGCUGAAUUUAUUCGUAGCUGUUAUUAUGGAUAAUUUUGAUUAUUUGACCAGAGAUUCUUCUAUACUUGGUCCACAUCAUCUUGAUGAAUUUGUGCGUGUUUGGGCUGAAUACGAUCCUGGAGCAAAGGGUCUUAUUCAUCAUCGUGAUGUUUAUGAAAUGCUGAGGAACAUGGAACCACCAGUAGGAUUUGGCAAGAAUUGUCCUUAUCGUCUGGCCUAUCGGAAAUUGAUUCGAAUGAAUAUGCCAGUUGAUGAGAAUGGAUGUGUUCAUUUUACCACGACACUGUUGGCUUUAAUACGUGAAUCAUUGGGCAUUAAAACUGGACCAACUGAAAUAAUGGAUCAGCGAGAUAUGGAAUUAAGAGAGACUAUUUGUAAAUUAUGGCCAGUUCAUGGAAAGAAAAUGCUACAUCUCCUUGUACCUCCAGAUUCAGAGUUACUUUACCAUAAAAUGACAGUUGGAAAAAUUUAUGCAAGCUAUCUUAUAAUUGAAAAUUGGAGAGCUACACGUGCAUUUCAAGGAAAAGGAGGGACUUCAAAAUCAGCGAGUAUAUUGGCAAGAUUUUUUGGUGCAGUUAAACAAAAUGCUCAUCAUCCAAAUGUUGGUUCUGAAACAGAAGAAGAAAGAGGAAGUCCUGAUAUAAAUGAAUCUUCAGAAAAAACUGAAUCUAGUGGUCAACAUGUGAAGAAAAAUAAAAUUCUGUCUUUAGGUCGAAGUAUUCACAAUCACCAUCAUACACCAAGAGGUUCACAAUCCAACGACCAGUUUGUACAUUUACCGAUUAUUAAAUCACGCAAAAAAUCUGGUAUUCUAAGCGAUGCGGAGAAAUCACCUCCUGAUGAGUUACACCGUACAAAAUACACUGAUAAAUCUGUUAAACAUUCAGCUCACUUUAUUCAAAAUGAACAGAAUCCAGCUUACGAAGGGAUCGCUACAAGAUGGUUUGAUAGUCAACCGAAACGUCCUAAAGGGGAUUUCCCAGAUAGGACAGCUGCAAAUUUCGAAGAAACUGACAGAAGUUUUGGUAGUAGUGAAGAAUACUCGGAGACAGCGUACUGUCAACACCUACCGUUGACGGAUUCACCAGGUGAAUAUUUUGAAGAUCAGCACAAUCUGGAUUUAGACCAAUCAAGACGUCGAAUACUACCGUGCACAAAUAUUGGUAAACGUAAUGUUGCCGACGAGGAGAAAUAUAUCCCCUAUAAACCUAUACAAGAUAAUGAAUAUCUUCAAAGAUCUUUAGUUCCAGUUGAAGAAAGUGAUAUUCACGGUCAUUUUCUGAGUGAGGAAAAUCUUCCAAAGUAUGAUGUAGAAUUCACAGAGGAUGAAAGAGAAAUACCAUACUAUGAACUAUGGGAUGCUAAUCGAAGCAACAAUUUAAAUUCUCCUCAAAAGUGCAUCCACAGGGCAGGAAACAAGCGUGCUCUACCAUCACAGCACGAAAAUUCAAUACCUCUUUUCACAAGACAAAGAAAUGUUAUGGGAGAACCACUUUGGGGACUCAGAAACAUACCUCAUCUAGCUCGUAUUCCUAGUGUUGAGUAUACCACUAUACAUCCGUCACAUCAACAACCGCUGACACAUGAAUCACAUGAGUAUGAUCUUCUUUCGUUGAAUAAAGACAAAUUAAACUUUCCUGCCGGUCCUUCUAGUUCAAUAUUUUAUCCCAUACCCCCACCCUCAGGACCAGAUACAAGUAGUCAUGUUAGACACCAAAUUUUUGAUAAAAAUAAACAUAUAGAAAUGACUUCUAGAGGAAUUCCAGCAAAUAUGCACUUUCAACCGAUACCACCGCCAACGUAUUAUGAUUGGGAACCAUCUUAUGUAGGCCAGUCAUAUAGUACUCCUAUUCGUGGUUCUUACAUUGAAACAGACAAGAUGAACUCAAAGUUGGCUAACUUACAACCUUCAAAACUUGCUGUCACCCCUCAGUCAGAAGAUUAUAGACCAAGGCCAUCACCUUUACACUUUUUCACUCCACAAUUUAAAAGACACCGUAUACCUCAUAUUAUUACAACACAAAUAACGGGACCAAAAAAGCAAAUUCACAGAACUGCAACAGGCAGUGGUAAUAGUAAUAGUAAUAAUAAUAAUCCUAUAACUUUUCCUUGUUAUACUACAACACCCACUAACACUGCUGUAACUUCUAGUUAUUCAUCUAUUAAGGAUAAAAAUGUUAUCGUUAAACUAGGCGUUACACAUCCAUAUGAUGUAGCAUCAACCAGUCUAUCCCCCCAGUCCACGGAUUCACAUCACUUCCAACAGAGAGUGGUAAAUCUUCCUCAUGCAUCAUCAUAUUAUUGUGAAUACAAACCAGACACGUCGACAGCUCAUCGACCAGAUAGCUCAUCAACAAGUUCAAGUGGUAAAGUCAACGAUGCUGAUGAUGAUGAUGGUGAGGAUGAUGCAGAUGGCGGUGUAGUAUAAUGGAAAUUAUAUAAUACAACUAUACUUAAGUAAUUAAUUAGUUUCAUUUAUUUUCUAUUAAAUUAUACAAUUAUACCUUAUGUGUAUACUUUCUUACAAAUAAAAAAAGAAAACACUACGAGUAAAUAUAAUUUUUAUGUAUUAUAUAUGAUUUUUGAAUAACUGAAAUAUAUUUGUUCAAAGUUUACAAGUGUGUAUUUGAAAAGAAUCAAGAAACAUUAGUCAUUGAGAAAACGCAAGGACAAAUUGUGAUACACUCUAGUUACUUUCUAAUCAACUCACUGACUUCCCUUCUUAGCGUAUUCCACAUCACUAAAUCUUUCUUUCUUUCUUGCGUUUUUUACGUAUGAUGAGUACAUAAACAAGUGAACCAUAUACACAUUAUGGAAUAUAUAUAUAUUUUUAUAUAUAUGUGAUGUAUAGAGCAAUUCUCAAUCCCGUGUCUCCUUAUCUUUUUUCUCCGUUUCGU